AUGUCAUUGAUUGUGGGAGCCCUUGGCACCUUGUCCUUCAUAUUUGGUGUUAUUGCUGAAAACAAGAAGCCUGCAUCUGGAACUCCAAUAACAGGAAAAGACGUAGUUAUCUGCAAGUAUCCAGCGGACCCCACAGUUGCCUUGGGGUAUCUAUCAUUUGGGUUUCUUGUUGCCUCAACAUUGGCUGGAGGGUUAUCUCUAUUUUACCCUUACAAAGGGAAGUCAAUCCCAUGGCCCGCAUUGUUUCAAAGCACAAGUUUCUUUGUAUUUUUCCUUAUAGCUUUGGGUUCAACUGGAUUGGCAGCUACAAUGCUGUUGUGGCCCACGAUAACAGAACACAAACACCUUGUGAGUAAUGUCCAUUAUAACCUUGAAACAAGCUGCCCUACAGCCAAAACAGGGUUGCUUGGUGGAGGUGCUUUUUUAGCUCUUGAUUCGGCUCUUUUCUGGUUGGUUUCACUUAUGUUGGCUGAUAAUGCAAGAGAAGACUACUUUGAUGAUGUUAAAGGAGCUGAUGGUGUCACCACUGAUUAUGAUGAUGCUGAUGCAGUCAUCAAGGGCAGUGCUUAAAACUUAAAAAUAGUUGCUUUGUUCUGUUUAAAUGUGUUUCCCAUUAAGUGGAGUUUAUUUUAUGAUUUAAAAAAUGCAAAGUAAAGGUGGUCUGAUUUGAACACUGUAAAUAGAAUCUUUAUGAUAUCUAUUGGUGAAAAACAUGUCUAUGGAUAAAUUUCGGAUGCAAAACUAUCGCUAGCGCUUUCUCAAUGAUGAAUUUCCUAUUAAAGAUUUGGGAAACACCAAC